CCUUACACUGGACUGAAAUGAGGAUUAAACCGCGGCUGAUAAACAGGGCAGCGUUAUAUAAGCGAUUCACCCGGUGUGUCGGUUAAUCUGAAGAACAACCUGGAUAUAUUCAGACUAUAAAUUAGAAACUGUUUAAAGGACGCGUAAAUAAACCGGAUUAUUUGUGCAGUGUAACGGACGAUCCAGACUUGCUGCAGAUUCGGACGUUACCAUGGUGUGGCUUUAUACAGCGCUGUCCUUAACCCUUCUCCUGGGCUCUCUGAUGGCCGGACAGCACAAAAUCGGAGAUACAGCCCCGGUGUUCCUGGACAGGAAGGAGGCCAGUGAAGUCAUAAGCCGUCAGAAGCGAGCGAAUGCAGCAGAUGAGGAGAACAAACUCCCUCACAACCUUGAGCGGGAGUGUGUGGAGGAAGUGUGCAAUUAUGAAGAAGCCAGAGAGGUGUUUCAGGACACUUAUCGCACUGACAUCUUCUGGUCAGUGUACAUUGACGGAGAUCAGUGUUUAAGCCAGCCAUGCAAAAAUGGGGCUAUGUGCUCAGACAGUGUCGGUGGUUAUGACUGCAUCUGCAAAUCAGGGUUUUCAGGAGUUCACUGUGAAACAGAUCAGACCGUGUGCGUCAUCGAUAAGAACAAAGGCUGUAGCCAGUUCUGUAAACCUGGCUACCAGACGUAUGAGUGCUCCUGUGCUUACGGGUGGAAGCUGCAGCAGAAGGAGAAAUGUGUGCCUGCUGUGCAUUACCCCUGUGGAAAGGUGAGCAGUUUGCGUCACUGGGAUAGCCGUCAGUCCAGCAACACACGCUCGGAAUAUGAAGGACUGGACUGCAGUGCCGAAGAGUGUCCCUGGCAGGCCCUGCUGCGUAACAGUGGGUCGGGGGGGUUUUGCAGCGGCGUCAUCAUUAAAGAGAACUUUGUACUGACCACUGCACAGUGUGCACUCAAACAUAAUGACUUCCAGGUGGCUCUGGGCAAGAGGAUGCUUUCCUAUGAGUCUGGUGAACAGACCAUGUAUGUAAAGCAGGUUCACAUUCAUCCACUUCAUCUGGAGGGAAAAACAGAUAACGACCUGGCUGUGAUCGAGCUGAAGGACAAGAUCAUCUUUAAGAAGACGAUAGUGCCGGCCUGUUUGCCUGAGAGAGAUUUUGCAGACAGUGUUUUGAUGUCAGGCGAGUACAUGGGCGUGGUCACUGGCUGGAAAGACGAGCUUCAAGGCGAGUUUCAAGGAAACCUCAGGCUAAAUCACCUGUCUUACAGUAAACUGCCAACUUGCACAGAGCGUCACCCGGGGCAGAUUACCAACAAGAUGGCAUGCACCGUGCCGCGUUCUAAGGCAGACUGUGUCUUCAGCCCCGGCAGUCCCAUCCUCACCUUGUACCGUGAAGUUUUCUUUCUCACCGGCGUAGUGAGCCAUUCUCAAGGGAUGGACUGCAAGAAUGGUUAUGUCUUUCAGAAGGUGUCUCGCUUCCUUCCCUGGCUGAAGAAAGUAAUGGGCUCUGUUUAAAACCGUAUAGAUCGAAAUGCUUCCGAAUCUGUGUGUCUGUUAUCUUCUGUAAAACCAAUUCCAGUGAUUUUCCAGAGCAUGCCUUGUGCUUGACAUUUCUUCAACAGGCUACACUAUCUUUAAUUCCUAUAGCAAAGUUCAUACACAUGUGCUUUACAUAUACAUACUUGGACAUGUCUUUUCCUGUAUCUUUAUUCUUUCUUCGGAAUAAAAUGAGACAUCACUAUAGUAUGAAAUACCACAUAUGCACUGGAUAAUAUAGUAUGUUAAGCUUUAAUAAUACUGAUAGCAAACAAUUUAAAACCAGGGUCAAAACCACACACAGGUUAUGAGAUAAGCAAACAAUUCAAAGAAAAGAACUUGGGAAACAGGAUACAGAAACUUGGUCAAACCAGAAAAUCAGAAACAAACCAUAAGGCUUGGUAACAUGCGAAUUGAGUGUGUUGAUGUCAUAUGGGAAAUAUUUUUUCAGAUUUAUGAGUCAGAAGUCACGACGAAGUCAUAAUUACCAGAAGGAAAAUGGGAUUCUCUUUGAGCUCUGAGUUUCCGAGUUGCGGGUGUGUCAGUCUCAUCUGUAAUGUAACUGAGGGUAAAUUUGUUAAAAUUGAAUGUUUACUAAAUUGGUUAUCAUUUUAAUCAUCUAUAGGAGAGAAAUGCUUUAAUUAGGAUAUAAUAUGCAGCGAUAAAGUUUACAGCAGCCUGUUUUACGUUUUCUAGAAGUAGAAUUAAAAAACCCGGCUGUAUUUUUUUUGUACUUAAUUAAGAGAAGCUGCACCUCCAUCUGCACCUGAUGUCGUAAUUUCGACUUCCCGAACUCAUUUAUAUGGACUUCCCGGAGCACACUGUUGUGAGAAUGUAGUCAAUCAAGGCCAGGUUUGUAGGCUGCAACGUUUGCCGCAAAGAUGCUCAUGUAUCUAAACUACGUUUUCUUUUUACAUGAUGUAUUCACAUAUAUCAUAAGUCUUUAAUACUAAUGAAAUGAGGAAAAAUUCAUUCAGGAAAAAGGUCACCUUAAAUUAUUAUUAUAUUAAAUAUACAUAUUGUUAUUUGUUAUUUAUUCAUUAACAAUUCAAAUUAUUUCACUGUUUUUUUUUUAAUAUAUAUUUUUCUUCCCUUUUCACAUUUCACUGAUUUUCCUUGUCAUGUCAUUAACGAAUGCCGACUCGAUAAAAUGCACCAAAAUUAACAAAAUGUGUAAUAUCUGAUAUAUCUGCUGUUCUGUGUGUGUUAAAGGGGCAGGAUGUUUAAUUGGCAUAUUUGGUUAUAUAAUAUAUAAUCCCACAGCAUAUAAUACAGUAUAGUUAUAUAUACAGUAUAUAAUUUCCCACCCAAAUGUAUUGGUCAUGUUAUUAUUAGACACUUUCCUGUAAUUGGCUAUUAAACCCAAUAAACCAAUUCACUUCUAAAUGUA